AUGGGAAGAAACUGUACAAAAAAGAAAGGAAAAAGUAGAAAUACUAAAAGAAUCCAACAUGGAUUUAUUAAAAGACACGGAUUAAGACAGAUAGAUUUAAUUAAAACAGUUAAAUAUACUGAAGAAAAAUUAGAGGAGUUUAGAGAAAGAGAUUUAAAUUUUCUUUGUGAAAAGUGUGAUCGUUUUUUUAAAGAUGAAAAUACUUUGAAUGUUCAUUAUAAAACAAAAUCUCAUAAAAAAAGACUUAAACAGUGGAAUGAACCAUUUCACACACAAGAAGAUGCUGAAAGAGCUGCUGGUUUAUUUUGA